CUCGAUUUUCAUACAUUUGCUUGUGUGAAUCGAAUUUCUAUAAAAAAAAUUUUGGAAAUGACAGAAAUGACACUCCCUUCGGUCGAUGAUAUAGAGAAAAAAUGGGAAUAUGGAUAACGUAAUCACUUUCUUACAAAAAGAUGAUUUAAACUUAGACCUUGACAAUGAUGACCUUGCCAUAAUCAGUAAUCAAAAAGUUAGUGGUGCAGACUUUCUCGGCUUGACGUCAAAAAAACUUAAAAGUUAUGGAUUGAAAUCAGGGCCUGCUUCUAGGAUCGCGGAGCUGGUCAAGGAAAUCAAUGGUGGACAAGGGAAAAGGAAGGCGGAAGAUUCGAGUGAGGAACUUGACAAUAAAAAAGUGAGACGAAUAGGGCUUAGCCCCGAAUCCAUAGCGAAGUUUCUAGAAGAACAAGAAGAGGUUAAAGAUGAUUUCACAAAGCCACACGAACUAUGCAUAAAUCGAUUCGACUUUCAAAGAAAAGGUAGAGAUGAAACGCUACAUAAAAUAUAUGAUUGUAUUGUUAAACGUUAUAUCAGCAUUAAGAAUACCCUAGAGAAGGAGAAAAGUGUUGGCGAUAAAAGUCUUCACCCUAUUCUCGCGCUUCAAGCCACACCAGGAGGAGGAAAAUCUUUCUUACUUGAUGAGUUGGCCGCAUUGAAAAGUGAAGAUUUCGAUAAUUAUUUGAAAAGCAAGGAACAACCAAAUAGGGAAUGCUCUUUUAUUAUAGAAAACGCAGUGUACCGUGAAUACAUUGAAAUAGUUAAUGAUGUCAUUGAUAUACUUCGUAAUUCGAUUGUAGUUUGCAUAACAUACAAUGGGAGUUCAACGUACAAAAAUGAUUCAUUCGUAGAUGCUAAUGUUCAAAGAGGAUUAGUAAUGCGUAUCUUAUGGAGUUAUUUUUUCGAUGAUGCAAAAUUAUCCUGGCAGGGUUUUUGCGAGAAAUUUAGUACAAAUUUUGAAUCAUUGGAUAUUUAUACUGCCGUUCAAAGCAUCUUAUAUCAUUCGAGUAUUUUUAUGCGUUGACGAGACUAUGAAAAUUUCUCCAAACACUGAUGAUGUAAAUCGCAGGCAACAUAACAUUAAUGAAUUAUUAAAUAAUCUCUAUAGUCGACUGAUGAAUGAUAAAGGAAAAUUGAUCAAAUUUAAUUUCAUUUUGACCACUCUUGAUGCGGUUUAUGUGCGAACUAAUUCGACUUAUUCGGGUAAAAAAAUCGACUGGGUGCCAUUAAGAAGACUUGAGAUUUCAGAAUCAACAGAUCUAUUCCAUAAAAUCUUAAAUGGUAAAGAACUAAACGAAAAGAGAAAAUAUCUUAUUAGGAAAUGCAUUUCAGACUGUAAUGUCUUGAAAAUUUCUAUGAGCUUCUAAGGGAGGAUAAAACUGCCUUAGGUAUUGACAUGUACGGUUCUCUUAUUUUGUGUUUGGUGAA